AUGAUGAAGCCGGAAAAAUGGGUCUUCAAGCUUCUUCUAUUUCUCUCCUUCGGGUCCUGCAUCUCCGUCGACACGAUAACCCCGUCCCGACCUUUAAAAGACGGAGAGCUUCUAAUCUCAGAGGGCAAAAACUUUGUUCUUGGUUUUUUCAGUCCCGGAAAAUCAAGUUUUCGUUAUGUGGGAAUAUGGUACUACAAGGUCUCAGAGCAGACCGUGGUGUGGGUCGCAAAUAGAGACAGACCCAUUAACGGGGUUGAGCCGGUCGGGUCGACCCAACAUGUUCUGUAUAGGGGAUCCACCCGCUUGUGGCGGUCCUCGCCGUGGAUUGUGCUCCGCAAUUCCUUUCUGAGUUACGACUACAGAAUGAAUUUCACCACUGUUGACAACGAUAAGGAAGUCUUUCACAUGUAUAGCUUGAUUAAUUCUUCAAUUGCGUCUAGAAUGUUCGUGGAUACGUCCGGCCACGGAGCGAUGUUCACAUGGGACCAGGACAAGAGUGAGUGGGUCAGGCUUUUUAGAUUUACAGAUGCGGCAUGUGAUGAGUAUGGCCAUUGUGGGGCUAAUGGCCUUUGUCUCCGGAUAAUGGGCAUAACUUCGAAUGCUCGUGCCUUCCUGGAUACGAACCCAAAUCAGCGGCGGAGUGGUACGAGCGGGAUUUUUCGGGCGGCUGUGGGAAGAAAAGAGUCGAGUUGUCCAUGUGCAGUAACAGGGAAGGGUUCUUGA